UCUAAUAUCGAUAGAGGGCGUCGUUUGCACUAGCGUUACUUUUCCGCAAAAACGAGUUGCUUUCGAUGCGUUUUGCUUAGGUUUGCCUUCUCAAGGGAAAGCAUCCUGUACGCGUUUUUGAUAUAAAAUGGGAGUGUUCAGAGAUACAGCAAGGGCACGAAGUCCUAGCAAAAAAAGCAGACAUCCAAGUAGCAGCAGCAGCAGCAGUAGUGACAGUGGUAGCAGCAGUGAUUCCGACUCCAGUGGGAGUGACUCAAGUAGCAGCAGCGGCAGCAGCAGCAGUUCAGGAUCAGCAGCAAAUCGCCGUGACGAGCGGCGUCGGAACCCCAAGGAGAGUCACAGGAGCGAAGUGGUGGAUGACAGGGACCGUAGGGGGUCGACAAGGAGGAAUGAAAGUGAUGAAGAUGAGGAGAAAAUGAGGACUAGCUCAAGAAAGAGGGUUCCGUCUCCUCACAGCCCGGCUGAACCACCCCCGGAAUUUGAACCUAGAUCACCCAGAACGCCCCCGGUGGCCACCCAUAGAUCCCCAGCCCAGGACAAAGGUUCCAAGAGGUCCACCCCUCGCUCCCCCAUCCAGGACCCAGACAUGGAGAUGACCAGUCCAGGCAAAAGAUCUGAGGACGAGCUCUCUAUCGGACCUGACGAUAAGGACAUGUAUCAGGACGAAGACAUGCCCACACAUCCAGAACCGAAGAAGACGAAAUCUAGCAGACCCCAAGCCUACAGUGACAGUGAAGGUAGCGGCUCAGACAGUGACGACAGCUACUCAUGGCGUGCUCAGAGAGUCAAAUCUGUGCUUCAAAGUCGCGUUCACAAACCCACGGAAGAACGCCGGCGCCACAGAUCAGCUUCCUAUGAAAGAGAGGAGUUUGAAUCCGGUGGUCGUUUCCGUAGCGUGAUUGGCACGACCAUCAAGCGUCAAUCGAGACCGGACUCUCCUGAGAGUGGGGAAAUCACUGGAAGCGAGGAGGAAACGGAGAGCAGACACACUGACAGAGAUGGUGGCAGACAUAGUGAUAGAGACCCAGGGGAAAAGGGGUCAUCACAACGCAAUAGGGACAGCAAGAGAGAGCGUGAUAGACACCCAGACAGACCUGGUCGUAGAGACAGAGGGGGAGAGGAACAAGACAAGGAGGAGGAUUAUCGGGAGGCAGAGAGGAACUUCCGUAAACGUCGCUUUGAGAGAACCCAAGAGGAACGGUCCAAGCAGGAUAGAGACAGGAAUACCAAGGAGAGAUUCUCAAGAAGGAGUGAGAGAGAUGAAGAGCCAAACAAGAAGCAGCCGGAUGAGGAACCACCCGCCGCCAAGAGGAAGAAAGAGACGCUAGACACGCCCCUUCAGAGCAAGACGGGCGGGGCAUACAUCCCACCGGCGAAGCUACGGAUGAUGCAAGAACAGAUGACUGACAAAUCCAGUGUGGCCUACCAGCGUCUUGCCUGGGAAGCACUGAAGAAGAGCAUCAACGGUCUGAUCAACAAGACCAACGUUUCUAACAUUGGUAACAUCAUACAGGAACUGCUACAGCUCAACAUUGUCAGGGGAAGAGGUCUUUUGGCUCGUUCCAUUAUCCAGGCGCAGUCUGCGUCGCCUACUUUCACACACGUCUAUGCAGCCCUGGUAGCAAUCAUCAACUGCAAGUUCCCUCAGAAUGGUGAGCUGAUACUGAAACGCCUGAUCAUCAACUUCAAGAAAGGAUUCCGUCGCAACGACAAAGUGAUGUGUCUGGCUGCAACCAGGUUCAUUGCACACUUGGUCAACCAGCAAGUGGCCCACGAGGUGAUCGCCUUGGAAAUCUUGACCCUGCUGCUGGAGAACCCAACUGAUGAUAGCGUUGAGGUGUCCAUCGGCUUCUUGAAGGAAUGUGGACUGAAGCUGUCCGAAGUCUCACCGAGAGGACUUAAUGCAAUCUUUGAGCGUCUCCGCGGCAUCCUUCACGAGGCUCAGAUCGAUCAGCGUGUCCAGUACAUGACAGAGGUCAUCUUUGCUAAUCGCAAAGACGGCUUCAAAGACUUCCCUGCUAUCCUGGAUGGUCUGGAUCUAGUGGAGGAAUCUGAACAGUACACUCAUCUCCUUACGCUGGAGGACAACUACGUGCCUGAAGACCUGCUCAAUAUUUUCAAGGAGGAUCCCGAAUUCUUGGCCAACGAGGAGAAAUACAAGGCCAUCCGCAAGGAGAUUCUCGGAGAGGACAGCGACGAGUCCGGCUCAGAGGGAGACAGCGAGGGGGAAUCGGACAGUCAGGAUGAAGAGUCUGAAGACGAAGAGAAAAAAGAAGCUGAGAAGAUGGAGAUUUUGGAUCAGACAGAGACCAACAUGAUUGCCCUACGUCGCACCAUCUACCUGACUAUCCAGUCCAGUCUGGACUUUGAGGAGUGCGCUCACAAGAUGCUGAGGAUGGACUUCAAACCAGGACAAGAGAAAGAGGUCUGCUUGAUGAUCCUAGAUUGCUGCGCACAGCAGAGAACCUACGAGAAGUUCUUUGGACUUCUAGCCCAGCGGUUUUGUCAGCUGAAGCGGGAGUACAUGCAGCAGUAUGAGAUCAUCUUCCCAGACCAGUACGAGACCUGCCACCGCUUGGACACCAACAAGCUCCGUAAUGUAGCCAAGUUCUUCGCUCACUUGCUUCACACCGAUGCCAUAUCAUGGACCGUUCUGUCUGCCAUCAAGAUGAACGAGGAAGACACUUCCUCAUCCAGUCGCAUCUUCGUCAAGAUCAUGUUCCAGGAGCUGUCGGAGUACAUGGGGCUUCCGAAAAUGAAUGCACGACUCAGAGAUCCGACCCUGCAGCCGUUCUUCGAAGGCCUGAUGCCCAGAGACAACCCCGCCAACACGCGCUUCUCCAUCAAUUUCUUCACCACCAUUGGACUUGGCGGCCUCACGGAUGACUUGCGAGAACACCUCAAGAACUACCAGCGAGUCAUCAUGCAGCAGCAGCGACCAGUGGAGAGUGACACUUCUAGUUCCAGCAGCAGCUCCAGUGAAUCCAGUGAUUCUAGUGAUUCCAGUGAUUCGAGCGAUUCUAGUGAUUCCAGUGACAGCAGUAGCUCGGAGAGUGAAGAAGAAUCAAAACACAAAAAAAAAUCACGGACAAAGAAACGUGGUGCCAAAGCUGCAAGCAGAAGAGAAAAACAUACAACAGAACGACCCAUUGAACGUCCGAAUGACAACCGUGUGGACAGGGAUAGAAGGAGGGAACGUCAAAGGGAUCGGGACUAUCCGGAAAAUCGUCAGAAUUACGAUCAGCGUGAUCAAAGAGGGGAGGACGUUGCUAGGAGACGUCCAAAAGAUCACAAACAGAGGAACCAAAACAGCCAUCGCGACGAGAUCGUCAGUGAUGAAGACGAUCGGGAACAGCGCAUCGAUCGCCGUGAUCGACACGGUGACAAACGCGACAGGUCCAGUAACGGACGGCAAGAGAGACACCGUGAUAAACACCAGGAGGAUACACAGGACCGAUAUGAUGACAGAUCACCCCCAAGAUUGGAGAGAAGGUCUGCCAGAGAUAACGACCGAGAACAGUAUGAUGAGGAACAGAACGAUGUAAGACAGGAGACGAGCCACAAACGGCGCACCGAUGGUCGAUACGAGAUAGAAGACAAAGAGAACCAGCGACACAGAGACCGUCUGCGACAAUCCCAAAAGAGAGUGGAUGAUCGCGACGACGUUUUGGAAAAACGAGAGAGUUCCAGGAGGGAAAGGGACUACGAUCGCAGCUACUCAAACGAAAAGUCAAGCCGCGAGAGCUCAAGCGGAAAGUCGCGGAGACGCGAGUACAGUGAUUCCCCGGAUGAUAGGGUUAGACGCGAGCGUGUACGUGACAGACGCUGAUAAACAGACUGGUUACCAGGUAGCGGGGAGCCAGCUGUUGAAUGCUGCCCUCGCAGAACCAGUCUUGGUCCAAAUUACUGCUGAUAUGAAAUAUCCAAAGUGUUUCCACAUCAGGAAUUACUAUCCUGCAAACUAUAUACAAAAAAAAAAAAUUGGCAACGUAUCUGUGACUAUUUUGAAAGCGUUUUCUUACCUCCGUAGAUUUACAUGUAAAUUGAUGGUAGCACCAUGUAGAUUUUAGAUAUAAGGCUGUUUGAAUUGUUGUGUUUUUGAUAGAAGACAUCAACACCUCCGAAACAUAUUUGCAUCAUAUUACUCCUGUACUUAAAAACACUGCCACUUCAAGUACAACUGAACACAUUUAUUACGAUAUGUGUAACUUUGGGAGUCUAUGGAAUAGCCGCUUACACAGCAAGCAUCUAUGAUAAGCGUGCAGACUCGGCAAUUAAUUAUGCAAAACACGACUGCGUCUUGACCUUCACAUUCUGACCAUUUAGCCAGCGCCUUCUAUCGUGUUUUCGGUAACCUGGCAGCCAAUUGAGCAAUCAACAGCUAAGGCAAAAAAAAAAAAAAAGUCGGUCUCUGGUCAGCGCGUGCGUCGAUUUUAAUCAUGCGCGUCA